AUGCUAUCAUUUUUUUUUCUAGUUCAAUUGAAAAAUUAUUUCAAUACAACGGCAAAAGCAACUAUUGACGAAUUAUUGUUGGAAGGAGUUGAAACAAUUAAGCCAAAGUACAUAAUAACGGUGAACAAAACUGUGGAUGAAUCUCGAGAUACUUCCUGUAAUGCUGUCCGACAACGAGCUUUUUAUCCUUCAAUGCCAUUUUCAAAUGUUGAAAAGAAUUUCCCAAUUGCUUUUGUCAGGAUUGUUUAUAAGGAUUUUCAUUUGCAAGAACUUUUGCUCAAUUUAAUGUAUGCGCCGCAAAAUUUCUAUUGCUAUGCGUUAGAUGCUAAGUCUACAGUGUUAUUUCAUGCGCAAAUGCACAAUUUAUCAAAAUGUUUCCCGAAUGUAUUGUUAGCGCCACGUGAAUAUAUGGUUGAUAGCGCUGGGCAUAAUACUUCACGUAGUUUUCUGGAAUGUUUACGUGUAAUGCGAAAAUUGCCAGGCUGGAAAUACGCUAUCUUAUUGCAGAAUAAUGAUAUCCCAUUGAAAAGUAAUCGAGAGAUGGUGCAGAUAUUAACCGCUCUAAAUGGUAGUAAUGAUAUCAACGUUGGAUAUCCGAACGCAGAUCGUGUACCCAACGAUGCUCCGUGGACAUUUCGAUCACUUACACUCUUCAAUGACGAUAAGCAGAACGAUGAUCGUAAAUUACGAAUAGCAAAAGGAAGUACAUCAGCAUCAUUGAGUUAUGAAUUUGUGAAAUUUGUUAUUGAUCAGUUGAAUUUAACAAUCUUGCUUGAUAAAUUUGAUAGUUUAAGUUAUGGAGUCGAUGAAAUGUUAUUUCCAUCAUUGAAUUCCGAAGAUUCUUUAGGUUAG